AAGUGCGGAUGUGAGUUGCAUAUUGAUACGGAACAGGCCGCCAGUUUUUUAACCUAUGUGUGCUUAGGCAAUGGUCAUUUUGUGGAGCUAUGAAUCCAGAGGAGCAGACGGUAACGUGGUUGAUAUCACUAGGAGUGCUCAGCUCGCCUAAAAAGAACAUAGCGGACCCGGAGGAGUUUCUGAAAGCGUCGCUGAAGGAUGGGGUCGUCCUGUGCAAGCUCACGGAGCGGCUCAUACCUGGCUUCACUCCCAAGUAUUGCCAGGACCCGAGAACUGAAGCCGACUGCAUUUCCAACAUCAGGGAGUUUUUAAGAGGAUGCUCGUCCUUGAAAGUGGAGGGGUUUGAACCAGAGUGGUUAUACACUGGCGAGAAUUUUGGCAAAGUUCUCACCACUUUGCUGGCAGUCAACUUUGCCACGCAAGACUGUGCUGCUGUCUCUGGUGCCCCAGCUCCUAGUCAGUCGACAUCUUCGCACACACUCUCCUCUGCCAAAUCCAAAGGCUCUCUGCGGAGACAAUCCAAAUCAGUGGAGAUGUCUGAGAACGGUGGAAUUGGGCAGCUGAUGGUGAAGGCUCGCUUCAACUUCAAACAGAACAACGAGGAUGAGCUGUCAUUCAGUAAAGGCGAAAUGAUCCUUGUGACGCGGCAAGAGGAGGGAGGGUGGUGGGAGGGCACACUCAAUGGCAAGACGGGCUGGUUCCCCAGUAACUACGUCCGGGAGAUCAAACCCUGCGAGAAACCAAUGUCUCCCAAAGGAACUCAGCUGACCAAGAACUACUAUAGUGUGGUGGUACAAGAUAUCGUGGAACAUGAGCGGGAGUUUGUCAAAGAAUUACAAACUCUGCUGAGUUGUUACCUGCGACCCUUGCAAGCCAGCGACAAGCUGAACAGUGCAGACAGUGCCACCCUGUGCGGAAACCUGGAGGAGAUCCUCACCUUCCAGCAGGGACUGUGUGUGGCUUUGGAGGACUGUAUCAAAAUCCCAGAGGCCCAGCAGCGAGUGGCGGGCUGCUAUUUAAACCUGAUGUGUCAGAUCAAGACUCUGUACCUGGCCUACUGUUCCAGCCACCCUUCAGCUGUCUGCAUCCUCACUGACCACAGUGAUGAACUAGACAAGUUCAUGGAGAGCCAGGGAGCAAGUGCUCCAGGCAUCCUGACCUUGACCUCCAGUCUCAGUAAGCCCUUCAUGAGGCUUGACAAGUACCCGACCCUGCUGCAAGAGCUGGAGAGACAUGUGGAGGAAGCCCACCCAGACUACACUGACAUUGUAAAGGCAACAGCAGCAUUUAGGAGCCUAGUGACACAGUGCCAGGAACUACGGAAGCGCAAGAACUUGGAGCUCCAGAUUUUGUCCGAACCAGUGCGGGGCUGGGAGGGAGACAGCAUGAAGAGCCUGGGUCACGUAGCUUACAUGUCCCAGGUCCAUGUGAAAAAUGGGUCCAGUGAGGAAAAAGAGGAGCGCUAUUUAAUGCUUUUCCCUAAUGUGCUGGUAAUGCUUUCAGCCAGUCCCCGGAUGAGUGGCUUUAUUUAUCAGGGAAGACUGCCACUGACUGGCACCACAGUAACAAGACAUGUGGAGGAUGCAGACAGUGCCCACUAUGCCUUUGACAUCACAGGAAGCAUGAUUGAUCGUAUUACAGUGUUCUGCAGUAGUCCCCAGGAGUUUCAGGAGUGGCUGGAGCACCUUCAGCCCUUCACCAAAGGAGGCAGCCCUGCAGGCACCAUCUCCAAGACUGUAGAGGGAAAGCCACUGAGCAUGGUCGGUACCCCUACUCACCUGUCCCACCUAGGCAGCCUCAGCGCCGUCAACCGUGGCCCCCUGGAACCACCAAAGAUCAGCAAGCCCUGGUCUCUUAGCUGCCUUCGCCCUGCACCUCCCCUCAAACCCUCCGCUGCACUGGGCUACAAAGAGAGGAUGUCUUAUAUCAUGAAGGACUCCAGCAAGAGCCCGCGGCCCAUGAAGAAGUUCCUGCCAGGCAACAGGAAGAAAGAGCGGAAGCCUUCGGAUGAUGAGGUUCAAAUCAGGAAAAGCACAGUCGCCCUAGAGGAGGACGCUCAGAUACUGAGGGUGAUUGAGGCGUACUGCACAGGAGCCAGCCUGCACCAGACCACCACAGCGGUGCGGAAAGAGUGCAUCCCUCAGGUGCUACUGCCAGAGGAAGAGAAGAUCAUUGUGGAGGAGAUGAAGAGCAAUGGGCAGACAGUCAUUGAGGAAAAGAGCCUUGUUGAUGCUGUGUAUGCUUUAAAGGAUGAGGUUCAUGAACUGAAAAAGGAGAAUAAGCGGAUGAAGCAGUUUCUGGAGGAGGAGCAGAAGUCUCGCAAAGAGCUGGAGAGAGUGGUCCGAAAACUGGCCAAGCAGAAGAAUGACUGUGCUUGGGAUGACACCACCCACUGAUCACAUCCUUACAAUCAUCCUCAUCCUAGUGUGGCUGUGCAUGUGUGGGUACGUUUAUGUGAGCAUGCUUGCAGGGGGACAGGAAGGGUCAGGUGUGCGUGUGUAUUUGUGUGUCUGUGUUGCGUCUCCACAUUUCAAUCACACAUAGCAGAGUUGGACUCCCUGUAUGACGACGAUACUUGGAGUUUCUUCGCUUCAAGUCGCUGGAGCUUGAUUUGACAUUAUGACGAAAUCUUAUCUGUCUUCCUGAUCCAGCCUCACUAGAGGCACUCGAGACUACAAAGCUUCGGCCUGAAGCAGCUCAGCUAAACCAAGACUGAUAAAAAUGGGAUGUUUCAAACAUACUGCCUCUCGGCUACUAGCACUGUGAACACUCCCCAGCAAAUAGAACAAUCUUGGACAAGGACAAAACAAGUUCUCCGCUGCUUCUUUUGCGUCAGUUGGAAAUAGAAAAGGAGUACAAAGCCAUCAAGUCCAGUAGGUGUUCUCUUGCAUGCACUUCUUUUACCAAGGGGACAGAUUUUCCUCACUUCGCAUCAUGACGUUUUUGUCAUUGUCUUGUCAUAUUUUAUUUGUCACAAGGACCCACAGUGGGGAAAUGGAUUUAUUGAGCUUUCAUGAGCAUGUUGGCAUUUUUGUAACAUUCUAGACAUUCACAUUACAUGUUUCUGGGCUGUUUUGUAGAUGUUUAAGCAAGUCAAAUAGGUUAGCUCACUGUCUUACAUUCAGUUGUUUCCAAAUGCCUCCCUUGACUGUUUAUUUAAAAACUGCAUGAAUGUACAGUGUUUCUACAGUCCGAAUUCUGCAUCAGAAAUGUGAUAAUCAAGAUAUUUAGAUACAUAGUCCAAAGCUAUCAGGGAUGCAGCUGCAUAAUAAAAUAGAAAAUGCUUAAUGUGUAUCAGUUAUUAUACAAGAGUACGCAAAUAAUGACAGAGAUGUCACCCCUACUCUUCUUACUAAAAUAUAUUCAACUAUCAUUUUACCAUAUUAAUUUCAUAGUCUGGCUUUAUUUUGAAUUUUUAAAAAAAUAUUCUUUAUUUAUUGUUCACCCAAGCAUUUAAAUGUUGUGUUAGCCUUACAGAUAUAGUUUUGCUGCCUUUACAUCUGCCUGGAAUUUUAUUAAACUACACUGAUGUGUAGAGGCAGAACAAGAUCCUUGUUUUGGCCCAGGGAAAGAGACAUUUUUCAUCAUAAAAGAGGAAAAGUUACUUUAAUAAUGAGUCUGACCUGCAGAGCUGAUGGAGACAGACUGAAGAAAUAUAUGGAGAGAGAUUUAUUUGUUGGCAUACAGUAGAGGUCAGCUGUUUUAAGUGCCUCCCAAAGGGUCGAUAAGCUUGAGAGUUCAAGACCAGACUGGGACUAAACGCAUGAUUUAUAUUGAAAGUGUCAGAGUGCAUUGUUGUAAUAUUUUAAUGAGAAUGGCUUGAGCGUAAUGCAUAUAUAGUGGGUCUGAAAGACAAAUAGGACUCUGCGUGCUAUUUAAGAUGCAGCCUCUUUGCAAGGACCCACAGCGGUACAUUUCCUCAUGAGGUUGAGUGUGUGCACUGUCAACACUGUUACCCACUCUUGCUGCACUGCAGAGCCGCAGUGGAUGCUAUUGAAAUGCAAUAAGUGACUGCUUUACUGACUGACCUCUGGGUUAGUCCCAGCACGGUGGGCCAGACUUGGAAAAAUUGCAAUAAUGAAUGAACUAACCCAGUUUAUUAACCAAAAAGGGCCAGGGCGUGUGGUUCAUCCACCAUGCAGUUAGGCUAUUCAUUAUGUUCCAUUUGCCUUUAUUUAAUCAAGUCUCUUGGUAUUGAUGGUCACUGACCAGGUCCCAAUUUUCAUUACAAAUGAUGCAAAAUGUAAUAAUAUUGUAGUACUGCAAUCCCUGUCGGGAAGUGCUGUUUUUGAGUGCACCUCUUCACAGGGAGGUCAGAGCACUGUAUAGGGUACAAGGCAGGACUGGUACAUCUGCAACAGAGUCAAUGUCUGGCUCAAGGGCACUAAAGCAAGGUAAAUUCUUGCACAGGUGCAGGGACAUGAUCUCAGAAUGGCCGUUUCUAUUGAGACGUACGGUUAGCAAGCAGUUUCUCUUCAGUGUUACAGGGACUCUGCCGCCUGUACAGAUGUGUGACUCUGUCUGAUCACGUCUUUGCUGUUGAGAUUAAUGUCAUUGCUGUUCGUGUAUUUUAAAUUGUUUUUAUUAACUAUAACAUACUGUAGUUUUCAAUUCCCAAUAACCUCUGUGAGCACUUACAGGUAGGAGGGCGCUGAACUCCGGUUUCAUCUUGUUUAUUUGAAAUUACAUCUCCAGACCACUGUGUGUAUUGUUUUUUGAAAGGUUGUUCUAUGCAAUUAUUGUUGUUGCAAGUAUUGUAAUGCUUUUUUUCUAGACACUCUGUACUUUAUGUUUGGUAUGGUCAUUCUUUUAUUAAAAAUUUAAUAUAACAAGUGGCGUUUAGCUUUUGACAUGAAUUUCACAAAGUGAGAAAUGGAAAGCUCCAAAGAUUUCAAAUGUGUUUUGACCACACAGCUUAAACUUUGUGUUCCUUCAUUCAUACUGGAAAAUCCACCAAGUUAAGCUUUUCCAUGCAGCAUUCAGCACAUGUGCCGUUCAGGAAUUUGUAGGUUGUUCAGAUUCAGAAGCAAGAAACCCUUUACAGGAUGGAAGGAGUGACUAGAAUAGAUGACAUCCUGUGAGUGUGCAUCGCCUCUGCAUCUUUACACACCUCCAUAGAUAUUCACAUUUUCCAUGCUGUUGUACUCGUGAAACACUGCUAGGUUUUGUAAUGUCUGAGGUGCUAACUUUAAACUUCUAUACUGCUCUUUACUUUUGAUCGGUUGUGGAAGGGGCAGGAGGGGUAGACCUGUUUUAUAUUAGUCACCCAGCAUUUUUAAAACCUUAUAUUAGUCAGAAAGCAGGUUAAAGUUACCUCUAACUCAUACCUGUAGAUUAAGGUGUAUCCUGUGAUUAAAUAAAAAACCAGGUCAACGUCUUAACUGUUUCAUGUUUUACCCCUUUCAUUUUCUAUGAAUCCAGA